AUAUCUGGCAAAUAUCUAGGCACAAUUAUGUCGUACACCCAGCACGAGACUCCGGCGCUCGCGGAGCUCUGCUCCUUCCUCGUUCAAGACAUCUACGGCGAACUUGCAGCACGAGUCUACUCGAUCCUCGCCCGCUAUGGUCGCCAAAAUCUCAACCAGCUGGUCAGGGCUUCUUAUCUGAAUCGGCGCCAGAUUUCCUUGGGCCUCGUCACCCUGGUCCAGUCACACCUAGUUUUUCAUUCGUCCCGUGUCUCGCCCGUGACAGCUUACGAGAUUGACUGGCAACAGUCGUAUGCACUGGUACGCUUCGGGAAAGUCGUGAAGUCAGUCGAAGAUCGAUUUGGCAAGAAUGCAAGCGCCAUUGUUGGGAAUUUACUCGAGCACGGCCACACGCGCAUUGGGGAUCUGAAGAACGCUCUUUUCCCACCCCAAAAUCCUAGCGAGGACUACGGUGACGAAGGAACCAAUGGUGCAGGUGCAAAACGGAAGCGAGCGAAUGGUACCAACGCCAAUGGGGCGGACGGUAAAGUCAAUGGAAUAGUCAAUGGCGCGACAAACGGUGCUCUCGAGGAAGAACAGGGUACAGGCGCUCCUGACAAGAUGUACUUGAAAACGGUUGACGAAUUUUACGAUGCAAUUCAUUUGCUCAUGCAGACUGGGUGGGUCAUGAAGGUCGAUGAGAUGCAAUAUCUCUCUCCGGGCGACUACCACCAAGUAGCCCUAACGCAAGUUCUGGAUGAACGGUGGAACGGACAAAUGCCUUCAGGAACGAAAGACAAGGGCAAUGUUAAGAAGGAUCUUUGCCAGCGUAAGCGAAACAUACGCGAUGCUUGGGCAGAGCCUCCACAGUUCGUCAAAACGAAACGAAACCCCAACAGUGGGACGUAUGAGCAGUCGAACAAGCGAAUCAAGAUCAACGGCACACAUGCCUUGCCUUCAAGUGGCGGUGGUGAUAACUUUGAUAACGCUGAAGACCGGCUUCCCAUUCGCAUCAAUAGGGACAAAAUCGCGGUUGCCAUGCGUACCGACCAACUGGUUCGACUCGCAGAGCAACGGCUUGGUACCACUACUGCUCGCAUCUACGAAAUCAUGUUGCGCGAAAUCGAAUCGCAGGUUCCACGGUGCUUUGAAGAAUGGCCAGAUCCACCACCCGAUCCCAAAAGCGCUGAACCUCCUCCUCCACCACCUACUUACCUUGUGACAACUCGCGAAGUCGAAUUACGGACAAAGGACUUCGAUAUCUGCGAAGGUCUGGAUCCGCAAGCAGUCAGUAAAAUCACCGGCCGGAGCCUUGACAGAAACUUGAAAAUGGAAGAUCCCGUGGACCCUGCAGAUCUUGGUCAAUACCAGCGGUUCGAAUUGAUUCAUGCCCACAUCGAUCUCUUGUCCAGGGAUCCAUUCCGCUUCGUUACGUGGCACUCGGGCUCGGGUCAUUCGGAGUGGCAGAUCGAGUUUGGGGAGAUUGCACAGCGACACAUUCAACAAGAGAUCGAGAACACUGUAUCUGCCAGAAAGCCUCAGUUCGGACUGAAGCUCAUACGGGCGCUGAAGAAGAAGGGGAAACUUGAUGAACGUCAAGCCGGCCUUACCAUGAUGAUACCUGCUGCUGAAAUCAGGGGUGUUGUCAACGAUCUCGCUGUCCAAGGCUUUGUUCAAACACAAGAAGUUCCCAAGGUCGAGCGACGGGAAGCGAAACAUUCCAUCCACUUGAUCUGGUAUGACCGUCAACGCGCACGUGAGAAGCUUCUUCAUGAUACAUACAAAGGGAUGAUUCGUAUCAUACAACGUAUCGCCUUCGAGCGAGAGAAAGUGCAAGCCGUGCUCGAGAAGGCAGAGCGUACUGAUGUUCGUGGCAACGAGUCGCGGUUCUUGGGCCGCGACGAGUUGGACAUGCUUAACUCGUGGAAGGACGUGGAAGAGAGACUACUCCUGCAGCUCUCCCGUGAGGAUGAUCUUGUUGCCAUCUUGCGCGACUUCCACGGGGCGCUGAUCUCUUCAUAG